AUGGCUGUGUACGGACUGCUUGUUGGCGGUCCACGUUGCUGGGUCAGGGUGACGUGGCUGCCGGAGAGGUCUUCGCCGGAGUCUAAGGCCGGCGCCCGCAGUGUUACCGGAAGCUGGAGGCCACAGGCGCCGGAGUCCGGGGAGGAGGCGGAGCUGGGUGAGCGGCGCCGGAGUCCAGGCUCGGGCGGCGACGUGGAGUGUGCAGACAGGCAGGGUUGCGGUCGCUGGCGGAGCUGCGGCGUGGAGCCGGGAGGAGGUGCUGGUCGGCGCGGGAGACGAACGGCUCGGGCGCUACGGUGGACAGAACUGCUGGGGCGGUGGUCGCUGCAGGUACGGGCGCCGGUGACGGUGGCGCUCGGGCGGUGGAAACACAGCGCGGGCGCGGAAACCGAAACCGACAGACGCUGCAGACACAGGGUGGGAGAUAAAAUUCAUGUUUGGACUCCGCCAGACAGGGGAUGGACCAAGAUCAACUUUGACGUGGCAUCAAGGGGGAAUCCUGGGAUCUCUGGUGCAGGGGUCAUAGCUCGUGAUGAGAAAGGAAGUAUUCUUGCUCUUGGAGCAAAGAGAUUGGUGGAUGGUACUAACAACGAAGCUGAGUGUCAGGCAGCAAUUGAAGCAAUUCUUUUGGCGAAAAAAAUGGAAGUAAAAAAAAUUCAUCUUGAAGGGGACUCCCAGUUAGUGGUGAAUGGCAUUGCUAGGGGUAAGAUGGAGGCUUGGAACCUGGAUAAACAUAUUAGAAGAAUGAAUAACCUUCUGAAUGGGUUCGAGGAUUUUAAGGUAUCGCAUGUUCUAAGGGAAGCAAAUGUUGAGGCUGAUAGGCUUUCGAACGUAGGUGCAAAUGGUUCCUUGGUGGUGCAUGCGCUGAAAUUAAUGUAUGGGGUGGCUGCGGAUUGCUUUUUUAGGCCCUCGUUUUCUUUUGGCAUUGUGAAAAGGACCGUAUUGGCUUUUGCGAGUGCCAUGUUUGGGCUGUGA